AUGCCCUCGCCACAACCCCGACGCAUGUACACACCGAUCGCUCCUCUACCCCUGGAGACACCCCGUUCGCACGGAACCAAGCGACAGAGGGAAGACGACGAAGAAGAAGAGCCCAAGCGAAGAAAGCGGUCGGACUCACAGAUAUCGACCCAGUUUGAGCUCAGUGAGGAAGACCGUCUGCUUCUUCGGCUCAAAGAGGAAGAGCACAUGCCUUGGAAGGACAUCGCAGCACGCUUUGUCAAAGACUUCGGCAGGCAGUACCAAAUACCCGCACUGCAGAUGCGUAUCAAGCGGCUAAAAGAACGGAUGCGUCAGUGGACCGAAGUAGACGUCCAAGCACUGCGCAAAGCCCAUGACUACUGGGUGCAAAACAAGUUCGACAUCAUCGCGCAAAAGAUGCUCGAUUACGGCGCAGAAGAAAAAUGGACCGCACGCCAAUGCUCUCGCAAAUGGCAAGAGAUCGAUCCAACACCCAUACCCUACACGCAGUUCGACCACCACGUCCAGCACGUCCAGCAAGGCUUUGCACCCUACGCGAUGAGCCCCAUCGAGCCCACGCCCAUGAACUUCCCUCCCUUCCUGCACCAGCACCAUACCACCUAG